UGGAUUUCUUCAUAUACCCUUGGGUCAUCUCCACCUAACAGCUUUAGUUUUUGUGUUGAACACUUGAACUCCCAAGUUCAUGAGCUAUCACACUUCUUAAACCUUCGUCUGUUCAUCUAUUCUACCUUCUAAAAGUGAUUCUUUGGCUUUUGCUAUAGCAGGUUUUGAAACCCAUAGAAAGCUGGAUGUACUUCCUGCCAUUUUAAAGCUACUUUGGAAAGCAAUAAAAAAAGAAACAGCAUUAAUAUCGUUGGAGCAGCAAGCGUGAAAUCAAACACACCCUUCUUUUGUGAUUCAGUUCUUAAACCCAAAACGCGGAGAAGAAAGUAAGAGCUCUAAUGGAUCCGAUGCAGAGUACUUAUGUAAAGCUCCUCGCCUUUGAUUUCUUGUCCCUCUCUGUAAAGUCUUCCUUAUCAUCGUCUUCUUCAGAUCCUAUUUGUUUCUACCGAAAGGGCAGGCCAGUCUCGAGAACUGAAACAUUAGGAGUGGUGGUGAGCCGAGAGCUAAAGGGCAAGUUUUUGAAAUUUCUCAUUGAUGAUGGCACUGGUUGUGUCCCAUGCAUCCUUUGGCUUAACCAUCAUGAUUCUCCUUACUUCUCUAGGCACAACCCUUCAGAUGUUCAAAUCCUGGCUAAGAUGGCUGCCCAACAUGCAUCAGAUGCCCAAUUGGGUGUCCUUGCUAGAGUGCGUGGACGAAUCACUGCUUAUAGAGGAAAUUUGCAGAUUACAGUCUCUGAUGUUCUCAUUGAAAGGGAUCCUAAUGCUGAGAUCCUACAUUGGUUGGAUUGCAUUAAAUUGGCUUCUAAGUGCUAUGAUGUUCGCCCACACCAAAUUUGCUAGAACACCAACAAUGAAUGCGCACUUCUUACCAUUGGGCCUCUC